AUGACAGAAACCUUGGAAACAUUUGAAAUAAGCAAUGGUUAUGAUAGAGAUAGUUUGAAAAGUGCAAAAGACAAGGCUGCUAAUUUAAGACAUGAAUUAAAUGGAGAAAAUCCAAUGUUGGCAAUAAUUUCUUCCUUAACCCUUCGUUUCGAUGAAGGAUACUCUUUUGAAAAAGCGGGAGUUAGAAAAUUUGACUUGCCUUCUGAUGCUAUAAACAAUCCUGAUCAGUAUAUUAAACCACUGGAUAUUGUCAGCAGAAGAAUUGGAGAUAGUAGUUUGCAUCAUGUUGCUGUUUACUUGGGAAAUAGGCAAGUUGCUCACAUAUAUGAUCCUGAUUCCUCUUUCUCUUCAAGUUCUUCUGGUAAUAAAGCAAGAAAAGACAGUUGGUCAGAAUUUUUAGUUAGUCAUAUAGCAAAGGCGAUAGUAGAAGGUUAUAAAGAAGGAAAAUAUGAUGUCUUUGAAGAAAACUGCGAACAUUUUGCCAGUGAGAUAGUUCUGGGUAUCGACUUUUCUCGACAAGCAGAAGCACGUAAAAAAGCAAUUGGCAUGGUCGCCGAAAGUUUACUUAUGAAUGAUCCCCAAGCACCAUUGCCUUAUUUCUUUCCCGAUCCAUCUAGUUUUACCGAAGAAAUUAAUUUGCAAAGCAAAAUUAAUGAAACGAAUGAAAAAUUAGAUAAUUUAGCGAAGCAUAAAACUUCUGCAGUGGAAAACAAAGUCAAAGAAAUUAAAAAUCAUGACGAAAGUCAGUGA